AUGAGCGUUAGCUCUUUGAAUGGCUCAAGUCGUACAACCUUGCUCAAGUCACUCGACUCGUCUGCGACACCAGAGGCUUCCAUGGGGGAGCGACACAAUGAUGGUCAUGCAAGCAAGCACACCUAUCAUCGAUCACCGAUACGUACAUCAGCCAAGUGGCAGAAGCCUCCUCAAGCCCACAAGGAGCUGGACGACUCCAGCUCCAGCUCUGACAGCACGGCAUGUCUGUCGUCAAGCAUGCACAACUUCGUGGAGCUGGCGUCGGACGACGUGACGGUGAAGGCGGGAAGAGAAGAGGAUGUCGAUGACGGGGAGGAGGAGAGACGAGUGAGAUCGUCGCUUGCUGCUGCUGGUGAUAUUGACGAGUGUGUUUGUGAAACUCGAGGACAGCCCGUCGUGCUCCGCCCUGUACGGAUGAUCGGCAGCAGGAAGACGAGGGGGGUUCCCAUCAUGUUUUCCUCACCGGAGCCGUCGGAGGAGGAGGAGGAGUUGACCUCAGGUGCCAUGGCGCCUGCCGCCCCUCCCUCUGCUCCUUCGCUGCCUCCUCACACAACUUUCACGAACAAAGUCUUCGACGUCUGA